AUGUACAGUGUGGAGGACCUCCUCAUUUCGCACGGAUAUAAAUUGCCCAAGAGCGGCCCUCCGUCUGCCACGCCUUAUGACAAGCGCCCUGCUGAUUGCCAGCGUGAACUCGUGGACAACAGGGCUGGUCGGGGGACACUGAACGGGUAUGAGGCGGACCGGGGGGCAUCUAUCACAGGCAUCUACGGCAGCAGGCAGGCGCUGGUGAAGGGCUACCCCACCACGGACAACGAGUGCGGGGAAAGAAACCAAAGGAGAAAAGAAAUCGGCAUCGGUAUCCUAGGUGACGCUCAGCCCUUGGGUGAUUCUCUCGCCACGGAUAGUGGGUUCUACGAUGUUCCUAGUUUGACUUAUUCAGAGCCACUGAGCCAUGAUGAGAGGGAUGUUUCCUACUGGCGGAGGCGAGGCCAGGACUUCAGCAUCCUUCUGGACUACGCUGAUGGCAGGGAGCUGAGGGCCUCUGCUGGAGCAUGGAGGCCACAAGCCCUGAUCACAGCAGAGGAAUACAGGGCAGAGAGGCAAGCGCAGCAGCUAUGGGAGGACAUUUCCUGGUUAAGGGACCCGGACGCAGGCCCUGGUCAGCUAAGGGUGACUGGGGAGAGGAAGUGCCAGAGCCUUGGUACAGAGGAGUGGAGGCCUGCUGUGGGCCUGGGGAGGCAGCUGUCAGAUGGGGAUGGGGAAAGGUGGGCUCUGGAACAGUACCGCCUGAGGACACCUGAAGGGUUUUUUCACCCUAGAACUAAAGCAAAGUCUCAGUCUCUCCCCAGAGUUUUGUCACCUGAUGGAGGUGACGGCAGAGAGCUCAUUCUAUCGAGGCCUAGCCUACCUGAUAGACAACAGCGGCUAAACAGCACUGUCUUCUCUGGGCCGUACAGUAGGUACAUCUAUGGUGGUGGCAGGGACCGUUGGGGAAGGAAUCUUGGGCCAAGCAGCCAUGUUGCACUUUUACCAAAGCCCAGGUUUAGUAGGCCUUUAAAGCCUCCGUCAUAUGAGAUUCACCAGCAGACUAGGGGUAGCGCAGAAAUGCUUGCUAUUGACCAGGGUGCCAAACAAAAAGACAGGUCCAUCUAUUAUCCAAGGGGUGGGGAGCUGAGACAAGACUAUUUCGCACAACACUCUGCCAUCUCUGGAAUGGAGCCCCCUGGCUACAUCCCACCCCCAUCUUAUAAAAGAGCCCUACCCCCAAGAGCAGUUUCAAUCAACCGCAAUGAAAUGGCAAGCUUUAGAUGGAGGGCAGAAGCUUUGCAGAUGCCCCAUUCAGAUCCUGGAAGGUGGCUUUCUAGACAGGCAAGUUGCUCCUGGCUGGAACAUUAUGGAGAACGUGCUGCAUCCUAUCGAAAACAGGUAAGCUCUGGACAUGAAGAACAACCAGGUCAUGGCCGUCAAUUACCUACUGAAGACCCAAGAGUGAAGCAAAUCUCAGGAGGGCCUAGCGGGAAUUCUCUCACUGACUCAGACAAGAUCCGUAACAUCAACAAAGAGAUUCCGUCCGCUAAGAUUUUAGGACAAUCUACACAUGAUAGUGCCUUUCCUCCCCAACAGGGGCCAGCUCUCAAUACUGAAACCCGCAAAACAGCUCUCACUGACAACGACAGCAGUAGUCGAUGGUGCAACAGGGGAAUCAAAAAAAGUGACAGUGUAGCUCCUGAACAAAAUCGUAGUCAGUUUUUUCCUUCAUCUAUUCUGGGUAAACCACCACCACCCCCAUGUAAGCCGGCUGACCAGGGUGUCUCUGAAACUGUGACAGAGGUAAAGAAGGUGGAACAACCUGAACCACCAGAGAAAGACAAAUCCAAGAAUCUAAAAAAGAGACUUAGUGAAACAAUUUUUUGUUUGGUGUCUGUCCCUGUUACUCCGCAGCUCACUGGGACAAUCCGUGAUCAGAAUAACAAUAAUGAGAAAUCACCAGACCCAGCGGACAGUCCUAGUGACAACAAAACUGGCCAUUUAACAAACCAAAGUCUCCAAAGCACAUCUUCAGCUGAAGCUGAGCUGCAAGCACUGACUGGUAGCAUAGCGAGCAGCAAAACAAGCAGUAGAGCGAGCAGCAAAAUGUUCAAAAAACUACCCUGUAGACCCCCUAAGAUAAAUCAUUACAAGGAGCUGAAGCUGUCGGGAUCCUGGCCUGCAAACCAGUAUCGAGACCAGGAGACACAAACCAGCCCAGAGGCCCGAAAACCUGCCCCUGAAAACAAGGAAGCACAACAAGACCCUGUUCCUCCUGGCACUGAAGGCGCUCCUGAUAGCAGCGGUGUAGUGGGCACUGCCUUCAGUUUUCCUAUAAAGGGAGUGAAGAGCCUGAAAUUGUCAAGCAACAGCGCCUUCUCCCUGACCUCCACCUUCUCCAACCAGCUGAACAAGAGCACAGCUCAGCAGCCAGCAGUACCACCCUCAGGAAAUGUGGAGGAGACCAAACCAGCAGCAAACAGCGGGCAGGAAGCAUUUGAACAGUUCCUACUAAAACCGAUCACCCAGCGACCAUGGGAUGCUGUCAAAGAGCUGGAGACCAUCAAAAAAGAAGUCCAGGAGCAACAGCAGCAGCAGAGCAGCAAACAACCCAGUGUUGACAAGUGCAUAGAAGACCUCAAUGAGGCCUACAAGGACAUCUUGGAGCUAGGCACUGCCAGCAAUAAAGUCCCAAAUGGUUCUGUUCAAAUCCCUGAGCGAAUCAAAAUCCGAUUGACAUCAGAACCUCUCAACAAGCCCAGCAGCCUUAGGCGCAGUGCAGUAAGCUGGUCUGUUGACCCAGAAUACAGGGAAGUGAAGAGCGCCUUCUCCAGGCCUGCAACAAAAUCGGUAACCUUCAGCAAGCAGCUUAGAGAGGAGCUCCCGGUCCCACCUCGGGAGACUGGCUUCAGAGAAUACAGGGUUGUGGCUCAUCUUUCGCGAAGACGGAGCAACGACGGCAGGACAGUGAAACUAGACCUGCCAGAUGAGCCUAUCGAGACACCGCUUUGUGACUUCAGUCCGACAACGAACACCACAGCAGCUGAGGUGCCGUGGGCGGAUCGACAGCCCAUGCAGGAUGCCUCUACGCUCACUAGUCCUCCUGAUUAUGAGGACAUUUGCCAGACUUUGCGUCAGUCUAGAGACCCAGCGGAUGCCAAUAAAGCGUCCGCAGGCAGACCUAAUGACACAGAGCCUCUUCAAGAUAUCGGUGUUGAAUCAGAGGAGGAGUGCCCUAUUUGUAAAAGAGAACUUGAGAAUCAGAUGAGACAGGGUCCAUUGCCUCCACUUCACGAGGAGAACAGCUCAGACAGCUCGACCAAUCAAAAUGGCAGUCCACCACAACACGCAGCGUUGGAAAGCCCAGCUGAAGAUACAAAAGCAGAGGAGCCGAAUGAGUCUAGUUUGAAUCAGUCAGGGUCUGAACUGUGUGCUGAAACAAGGGAGCAGGAUUCACUGACACAGGAAAAUGUGGGAGAGAGUGAAAAAGCAGAGGAUGCUCAGGCAGAAAACUUGAACAGUUUAUGUACAGUUGAUUCUGCCGAGAGCAUACCAGCAAAUGGAGCUACAGAGGAUCUCUCCUCUGCAUCCACAGUGUUAGCAACUGAUCUGCCUACAGACCCCCAAGUCACAGAUGAACAGAGUGCUAGUGAAACAGUAGCUAAGGAAGUAGAAUUAGAAGAGAAGGAAGCCACACCUGAAGGCAGUGCAGACAAACAGACAGCUGAAACGAAAUGUGAGGGACUAGACAAUACAAUGCCUGAUGACAAGCAGGAGCAAGAUAAGAAGCCAUUUGCUGUCCCGGAGCACAGACUUGCUCUACGGACUCAUCUGGGGCGAGACCACCCAGGGUUACCAGAGUUUCCGCCAGACAGACUGCCACUUUCAGUUCCCCCAAACCUGGACCGCAGACUAUCUCUUAGCUUGGAGGGGGAGAGGAGGAGCAGGGGGCCCUCCCAUCGAAUCGAGGCGUUGCAGAACAAGCUGGCGAUUUCCCCAGGUCGCGUGGCAGUUGAGCGAAUGGCCCGGAUGAGGGAGGUGGAUGUUAUGUAUCGUAUGAGGCGCCUGAGCAUCAGGAGUACUGACUCUGGGGAGGGGGAGGCAGAGACAGAGGGGGAGGCAGAGGGGGAGGGCAAGGAGGAACAAGCGGAGGAACGAGUGGAGGAGCUCCACCCUGCUCCUCAGGGAGACAAAGAGAACAAUCAAGAGGUCACCCAUUCACAGCAGGUCUCUGAGGAGACAGUGUUGCAAGAUGAGGAGGAGUCAUCUCUCUCAGAUUUGGAAGACCAUAUUCAGAAGAAAAAGGAAAAUAUCAACACAGCCGCUUAA